CAAAGUUCGACCGUUAGUGACGCUGAAGCCAGUCGAGCAGGAGGCGUGUGUGCUGCUGCUCUGCGGGCUCGUUUCCUCACCGAAAAACUGCAACGAAACUCACAAUAGAAACCUAACCGACGCUGGUUUAGUUACGAUGGCUGACGGCGACAACAAAAGCGCAAAUAUGCUAGCUCAGGAAACGGCCCAGCUGGAGGAGCAGCUGCAGGGCUGGGGUGAGGUGAUCCUGGCCGGGGACCGCGUGCUGCGCUGGGAGAAGCCCUGGUUCCCUGGAGCCCUGAUGGCCGCCACCACCCUGAUCUUCUUGAUGAUUUACUACUUGGACCCAUCAGUGCUGACCGGACUCUCCUGCACCGUCAUGCUGCUCUGCCUGGCCGACUACCUGGUGCCCACCCUCGCACCCAGAGUCUUCGGCUCCAAUAAGUGGACCACCGAGCAGCAGCAGCGUUUCCACGAGAUCUGCGGUAACCUGGUGAAGACUCAGCGUCGCGUGGUGGGCUGGUGGAAGCGUCUCUGCGCCCUCAAAGAAGAGAAACCAAAAAUGUACUUUGCCUCAGUGAUCAGCAGCCUGUUGGCCGUCGCCUGGAUCGGACAGCAGGUGCACAACCUGUUCCUCACCUACCUGAUCGUGAGCUUCCUGCUGCUUCUGCCUGGCCUGAACCAGCACGGCAUCAUCUCCAAGUACACCUGCAUGGCCAAGAGGGAGAUCAACAAACUGCUCAAACAGAAGGAGAAGAAGAACGAGUAAGAAGGAGAAGAAGAAGAACGUGUGUUUGGGAUGAAGAGGAGGGAAUCUCUGAAAGUUAAAACCACACAACACGGAACGGAAAGUGGAAGGAAGUUUGUUUUUGAAGAAAAAAAAAGAGAGAGAGAGGAGAGCAAAAAGAUGUCUCCUGCUUCCUCGCUCUCUGCCACAGAGCAAAACACACUUUUUUUUUUUUCUUUUUUUUUUUCCUCCCACCACACACAUUGGAUAAGUUUCAUUUCUCCUCCCACUCUUUGACAUUUCAACCUCACUUGAUUUACCAUCAUUUUAUUUUAUUUUUUUUUCUUUUGAAUUGAUCUGCCAUGCAUGCAGCCGCCACAUGAAGGUUAUCUGAUGUUGCCACGAGUUCUCACACACACACACACACACACACACACAGUCUCCCUGUGACAUGUACGCACAGUUGAAAUCCUUCUGUUUCUUAGUUUGAGCGUGCUUCGUUUUAAAGAUGUCAGUAAUGCUUUUAAGCCAUUCCCUCUACUUAGACAAAGUGACUACUGAGCAGUUUUUGUAGCAUUACUGCAUCAUUUUAACCUCACAUAGAUUCCUUCAGUAUUUUGUCUUUUUUGUUUUUUCAGGACAGUUCUUGUUACAAAUGAAGAGGUACUUUUUUUUUUUUUGUUUGUUUAUUUUUUUUGCUUCUUCUGCUUUGGUUGUAUUUAAAUAUAGCGCUGAAAACAAAACUGGAUUCAAAGCAGAGCUCGUCAGGAGUGAAACUGUUUCUAGAUACAAGCCUACUGCUGUACCGCUGCUAGCUGGACUCUGUGGUCUCUUAGCUCUUAUACGACCCCCCCACCCCCACCCACCCCACCCCCCCCCGCCGCAGUGUUACACUGGUGUGGGCCGUCUCUGUGUAAAUAUGACUCUGUUCCUGUCUGUCAUCCUUUUUUUUUUUCUUCUGUUCCUGUUAUUUAUCUGCGUCUUUUCCUCCUCAGUCUCCUCAUUUCUGGUCUGAUCACUGUCUUUCAACUCAUUUCAUUAUAUGUGUUUAUUGGACAUCUUUAUGAAAAUGAAUAAAGUUCGAUUUAAAUUAA